AUGGCGGGGCGAGCCGCACCAGUCCCGCCGUUUGUUGAUCUCCCAUCACUUCCGCGCCCACAGGUCGUCGACGACGCCGGCUUCGAGCUCACCGACGAGCAGAUCGAGGCGCUUGCUGCCCGGGUGGGAGGGGAAGGCGUAGAAGAAGACAAUGAUUUGGUAGAGGCUGAAGAAUCCGCACAGGUGUCUGUCGCGGAUGGAGAGGCACCGGAAGAACGGCAUCCACUGCUGAGUUUAGACCAGAGUCUUGUCCUCCAAUACUCGAUCCUCAAGACACGGUACCACCAUAUGCGGCACCUCCUCCCACUGAUCUUCACACAUCCGCCAGUACCCGCACACAACCGUCCGCGCCUGCGGCCAAGCGGGAAGAAGGAGUUUGUCUUCCCGACACCAGCACCUCCUCCCCAACCUCUCCCGAGCGCAGAGUACCACGGGCCGAGCACGAAGGAGAAGAAGAAGAAGGCCAAGGGGAAGGAGAAGGAAACGGACAACACAACAGAUGCGGAUAAGGACAAGGACGAGGACAAAAGCGGAGACGAAUCGGAGGAGCCGAAGAAGGGCAAGAAGAAGGAGCAGCUGGCGCCGGCGCACGAGAUCGAGUGCAUCUCGCGCGUGACCCUGCAGGUCGGGCCGAUGAGUUUCCCGAACACGGAGCUGUGGGUCGCGCGUUUCGUGCCACCGCGCCAGGGGUCGGCGGCAACGGUACGCGGGCGCCUAAAGAGCAUGGCAGAGCCUCGCAAACCAAAAGAGCCUAAACCGAAGGACGCCAAGGAGCCGAAGGAGAAGGUGCGGAAGGAGCGCGCUCUUCCGCGCAUGAGCAUCGACGGUGGCCCGGCCAAGCGCCCGCGCACCGAGAAGCCGAAGGUGCCCACCCCAACUCCGCCGCUUCCCACCGCCGUGCCGGCGCCGCCGCCGAAUCCUGACGCGCCUCCGCGCUUCACGUCGCGGCAGGAUAUUCCACAGGCGCUCAUCCAGCGCGUCAAUGCCGCUGCCACGCGGCAUCCCUGGUUGAGUGUGUUGAUCCACAAGGCGGCACGUAGCGUCGCGAGCAAGGACGAGCUGGCUAAACUUGGCCGUGUUGUCGCGCGUCUUGGGCGUGGCGAGGACGUCGGUGAGGGGCCCGACAUGCCUGGCGUGCCUGUGAGGCCACCGAACGCUGCGGCAGGUCCAUCGCGACCACCUCCCGGAGCUCACGUUCGGCCUCUGAACGCUGUCGCUGGGCCUUCUAGGCCACCUGCUAACCCCGGCGUCCGUCCUCCGAUGGCUGGAGUUCGGCCACCCAAUGUCGUUGCUGGUCCAGUAGCGCGGCCGGGAGCUCCCCUACCCCGACCUCCAGCCACAGCCGUAAGGCUACCUGUUCCCGGCACGCCUGUCAGGCCAACUGUUCCAGCAAUGCCGCCACCAGCACCAGCAACGCAUUCACCUCAUACUGCCCCUCCCGUCGCUGGUGUUACGCAUCCACCUGCCCAUGCAAGUUCGACAUCCAGACCCGUUGCAGCCGCACCAUCGCUCCCUGCGCCCCCUGCGGUGCCGUCACCGGCUCCUUCCACAACUGCUUCUGUGGCAUCAGCGCCGUCAGCUGCAUUGCCGCCAGCGGCAGCUGCGGUCCCCGCACCCUCACCCGCACCCGCACCUGCGCCUGCUCCGCUUGUACCCACAGGCGACAAGCCAGACGACUCGGACUCGGACGUCGACAUGAGCGGCCUGCCACAGGUUGGAGGCGGAUGGGGAGACGAGCCGGAUUCUCACUCUGACUCUGACUGGGACGCGGACGUCGAGAUGAGGGGUCGGCCACAGGUAGGAGGUGGGGAAGGCGCGGAACCUAAGGACGAGGCCAAGGACGACGAUGCUGCUCCAGCCAGUAACGCCGAGGGGAGCCCUGCGGUCGCACCUGCGGCUCCCGUGGCCUCUGCGUCUGCAGCCCCUGCCGCGCAACAAGCGACGCCCAACCCUCAGGCCGGAGCGCACUCGGGUGCUCCGGUUGCUCCGGCGGCCACCGCGACUGGCCCUAUUGCACCGGCAUCGUCUGUCGCAACUUCAGCUACCACUCGCGCUACAGUACCCAGCAGCGUAUCUCGAGCGGCGCAGAGUGCCGCGCCAGCUCCAUCACAAGCAACACCUGCAAAGGCAGGAGCCCAUCCGCCACCCGCCGCUCCCACCGUAGCGCCGGCUACCCCACACACCGUCGCCCCAACCUCCACCGGCUCCAACGUUCGCUGGUUCCCUAUUUCUGGGCCAUCGAAUCCCUCAACCCCAGGCCCACAGCGGGGUCCAGCACGGCCAUUUGUCCCGCGCCCAUCUCACGUCUACACAGUGCCUCCCUACCAGGCCGACGGUCCGCAGCCCCCGCCGUUCCUCCUUGUCGCGUUCAAGGGCCAGGAGACGGAUAAGUUCCUCCUGCCACUGGGACAGAACUCAUACCUGUCUCGCGUGGGUGGUGACUACGUUACAUCGCCAGCGCCAACAACCGCUCUUACGGCCGCACCGCCUGCGGAGGCCACGGCUGGACCGGCUGACACCAAAGUCGGUUCCAUUGCGGCACCCGAAGCGGUGUCUGCCUCGACAUCAAGAUCAGUCCUGGAAGCUCCAGCUGAACAGGACCAGCUACCCGUAGAGGAGGUGCCGCGCGGCAAGAAGCGCACUCGCGCGUCGAUGGCCAAGCCCGGCCCCAACCCGCCCGCGAAGCCAUCCCCAAAACCCAAGGUGGAGGAGAAGGAGAAGGAGAAGGAGCCGACCCCUUCUCCAAAGGACCCGCUCGCAGACAUGCUACCGAUGCCAGGACAGCACCCGCAGCCCGGAACCGUCCUACUAUCGACUUACGUCCCGAUCGAGCCGUACACUAAGCCCGACUGGCCUUCCCUCGCCGACCGUCUGCCCUUCCACAACCCAGCCUUCGUGGAAAAGAUGAAGGUCGCGCCAGUAGAGGUCAAGCCUGAGCCGCUGUCUCCGAAGAGAGCCCUGCGCAGCGUGAGAGAAGUCAAGCACCCACGCGACUACGUGCUCAACGUUGCGGCCGAGGAGUGGCUCCCCGAGGGACCACUCGAGCCCAUCACAAUCCGCCUGGUUGGCGUUGACGACCGCACCUGGGCGCGCAUGAAAGGCAUUGUGGAGCAGGUCGAGAAGACCGAGCUCGACGCUCUUGUGCGUGCGGAGCCCGGACUUGCGCCGGAGGUCGUGAAAGCGAAAGCGGAGGCAGAAGCUGCUAAGGCCGCUGCUAAGGCUACUACGCCAUUGCCAGUGCCUACAACUCCCGCUCCGGCUCCUGGAGCGACGAUCGCUACUCCGGAACCGGCAGGUGGCACUUCCGGCCCAGCGACUGCGUCGGCAGCAGAUGCCACGACGCCCGCUGGGGCGGCCCCCUCCUCCCCUGCCCCUCAGGCUGCGACGACCACUCCUAGUGCAAGUGCACCAGCCACUCCUGCCACCCCGGCUACUCCAGCCCUGCCAACGCCUACCGCUCCAGCGCCCGUCGCCCCGCCGGUCACGAUCCCGGCCCUCCCCCCACUUGUCAAGGAGACGUGGCUUGCCCGCAAGAAAUCUCUCCUCACUUCCCUCCUCUCGCGUGUUGGACCCCGCCGUUUCCCGCGUUUCCGUCUCGAAACCACAAUCUCGGCCAUGGUCGACUUCACGUCGGACAAGUGGGCUCCGCGCCCGUACCAUCUCACCACGCGACCGCUAUACGCGCGUGAUGUCGAGAGCGACGACGAGAUCCCUGUCGCACCACGGCGGAUCGAACUCUCACCCUCCCCAGAUCUCGAGGGACACUCGAAGAAGCGACGCAAGGAGGUCAGCGCUGUGACUUUCGAGAUGCCCGUGUCCCUGGAUGCGUUGGACGAGCGCGUCGAAGCCGGUGCAGCUAGGGGAUUGAGCAAGCGUGGACGGGCCAAGGGCGCGGCGAUCGUGCGCAAGUUCCCCCGUGGGACUGCGGGGGCCAUGUGUGAAGGCUGUGCGAAGCGCGGACUCAAGGUCUGGCGACGCGGACCUGGUGGGCGCGGAACACUGUGUAAUGAUUGCGGCCACAAGUUUUCCGCUGGCACGCUUGGCGAGCUUAAGGCGCCUGGUGCGGCUAGCCAGCGUGAUUCGACGCCGGGCACUCCUGUUACGCUUGGCGAGGAGGUCAAGGUCGAGCGCGCUGAGAGUACAGUGCCGGGUGAGGGGGACAAGGAGGCUCCAGACAGAGAGCAGCAGAAGGACUCUGAGGCGAGUGGAGGAGACAGUGGCGCGAAAGACAAGACCGAGGGUGCAAAGGAUACGGAGACAGAGACGCCGAUGGACGACGAGUCCGAGAAGGGUGAAGCUCCCAAGGAGUCAACCGACAUCAGGCCGAUGGGCGCUGACACAGCGACGGAGGUGCCCGUUGCUCACGACGAGCCCAAAGCCACCGCCACCACCUCAACCUCGCCCGACCCUCUUGCUAGCACCAUCGAGGACGUGGCGCUUGUGGGUGAGCAGCCAGCCGAGGCUUCCGCACCUCCCACCAACGCCAUGGACGUCGAUCCGUAA